CGUUGACAGAAAAGCGACUCUGCCUAUAAAUAUGAAUAGCAUGCUGUUUAUGAUGGGUUACAUUCCAUUCUGAGUAUAUCAGUUGGUCUUGAGGACUAUCAAAUUAACUCUAAUUAUUCGGUGGUGAUUAAUCACAAGAACCCAAGAACAACAACCAAGUCAACAUCUCCACCCCGCCCGCCCAACAUGUCCUCCCUCCGCGCUCUCCGCCCACAGUCACUCGCCCGCCACACAGGCGCAGCGACAAGACAAGUCCGCCCAAGAGUCCCAGCACCAGCGGCACUCCAACAACAACAACAACAACAACAGCAACAAAGACGCCACCUGGACACCUCGAGCGCCCCGACGCUCUACUCGGCGCACGCCCGCGUGGUCGGGGCGCGCACGGGGCACGUGCAGGGCGAGAACCUCAACGUGGAGCUCACGAUGGCCAAGGCGCUGGGCGGGCCCGGCGACAGGGGCAAGACGAACCCCGAGGAGCUCUUCGCGGCCGGGUACGGCGCGUGCUUCCAGUCGGCGAUGAACGCCUCCGCCGCGGCGAUGGGCAUCAGGAUGCCGUCGCGGGCCGAGGACUCUGUCGUCGAGACCACGGUGCACCUCGUGGGGGACAUGAGGGCGCUCGAUAUGGGGCUGAGGGUUAACAUGGUUGUAAAAGUCAAGGGGCUGGGCCGUGAGGAGCUGGACAAGGUCGUGGCCAAGGCGAAGGAGGUGUGUCCCUACUCGAGGGCCACGCAGGGCAAUGUCGAUACGCACAUUGAGGUUGCCAACUUCACGGAUAAGGAGAAUGAUAUUGAAGGGGGCCAGGCCAAGUCAUAUGGGUCGAGCACGUAUGGCUGAGUCACCUGGCUUCAGAGGACUGGUCAUGCGUCUAACGUUUGAAUUUGCUU